GCGUCUACUCCUACCCACCUCCCCUUCCAAAAUAUGACCGACACCUAGCACCCAGUAAAGGCAUGGCGGCGGCAUACCUGGAGCCCAACCUGAACCAUGCGCUGAGCCAGGGCGUGAAGCCCCGCUUCACCGUGGGGAUGGAGAGGCCCCCGGGGGCCAUGGAGCGCGUGCUCAAAGUCUUCCAUUACUUUGAGAGUAGCAGCGAACCCUGCACCUGGGCUAGCAACAUCCGGCACGGGGAUGCCACCGAUGUCAGGGGCAUUAUCCAGAAGAUAGUGGAUAUUCACAAGGUCAGAUGCGUGUCCUGUUUUGGCCUGCGCCUCAGCCAUCUGAAGACAGGGGUGGUCCACUGGCUCCACCCAGAUAUGGGCGUGUCCCACGUCAGAGAGAGAUACGAACACGGCCACCCACAGGACGAGUGGAGAUACGAACUGCGGAUACGCUACUUGCCAAAAGGAUACUUGAACCAGUUUACUGAAGACCAGCCAACCCUGAAUUACUUCUACCAUCAGGUGAAAAGCGACUACAUGAUGGAGAUAGCUGAUCAAGUUGAUCAAGACGUUGCACUUAAGCUGGGCUGCCUAGAGAUCAGGAGGUUUUUCCGGGAGAUGAGGGGGAACGCUCUUGAUAAGAAAUCCAAUUAUGAAUUAUUAGAGAAAGAUGUGGGUCUAAGGAGAUUCUUCCCUAAGACUCUGCUGGACUCUGUUAAGGCUAAAACGCUACGGAAGCUGAUCCAGCAGACCUUCAAACAGUUUGCUAACCUCAACGACGAGCAGUGCAUUCUCAAGUUCUUCGAAAUCUUGUCGCCCAUCUAUAGAUUUGACAAGGAAUGCUUUAAAUGUGCCCUGGGGUCAAGCUGGGUGAUAUCAGUAGAGCUGGCCAUCGGUCCAGAGGAGGGAAUCAGCUACCUUACAGACAAAGGCUCAACUCCAACACAUCUGGCUAAUUUUACUCAAGUCCAGAGUAUCCAAUACUCAUACUGUGAAGACAAGGAGAGGAAGGGAAUGCUGCAGCUGGAUGUGGCUGGGGCAGCAGAGCCUCUGACUGUGACGACAACUACUCUGACCACGACAGAAAACAUGGCCGACCUGAUUGAUGGCUACUGUCGGCUGGUCAACGGCACCUCCGCGUCAUUCAUCAUCCGAAUACAGAAAGAGGGAGAGAGAGCAUUGCCAUCCAUUCCAAAAAUUCCAAAAGCCUCAAACCAUGACAAACGGCUGGAGGGAGUGAAAAGCAGAACCAUCUCCGUGUCAGAUGAAAUUAGUGGGGACGAAACAGACGAUUAUGCAGAGAUUAUAGAUGAUGAGGAUACCUACACCAUGCCUUCCAGUAAGUACCCUUAUUGUGGAUUAGAUGAAGCCAGGGACUACGAGAUCCAGCGGGAGAGGAUUGAGUUGGGACGGUGUAUUGGAGAAGGCCAGUUUGGCGAUGUUCAUCAGGGAAUCUACGUGUGUCCGGAAAACCCUGCUCUGUCUGUGGCCAUAAAGACCUGUAAAAACUGCACGUCGGACAGUGUCAGAGAAAAGUUCCUGCAGGAGGCUUUGACCAUGCGACAGUUUGACCAUCCUCACAUUGUGAAGCUGAUUGGUGUAAUCACCCAGAACCCUGUGUGGAUCAUCAUGGAACUGUGCACUCUGGGAGAGUUACGCUCCUUCCUACAAGUGAGAAAGUACGGUCUGGACUUGGCCACUCUCAUCCUGUUUUCCUACCAGCUCAGCACAGCGCUGGCCUACCUGGAGAGCAAGCGCUUCGUGCACAGGGACAUCGCUGCCAGGAACGUGCUGGUGUCUGCCGUGGACUGUGUCAAACUGGGAGAUUUUGGCUUGUCCAGAUACAUGGAGGACAGCUCUUAUUAUAAAGCCUCUAAAGGGAAACUGCCUAUUAAAUGGAUGGCACCGGAAUCCAUUAACUUCAGACGCUUCACCUCUGCCAGUGAUGUGUGGAUGUUCGGCGUAUGCAUGUGGGAAAUCCUCAUGUAUGGAGUCAAGCCCUUCCAAGGUGUGAAGAACAACGACGUGAUUGGCCGCAUUGAGAACGGCGAGCGAUUGGCAAUGCCCCACAACUGCCCGCCAACCCUGUACAGCCUGAUGACCAAGUGCUGGGCUUACGACCCCAGCAAGAGACCUCGCUUCAAUGAGCUCAAAGCCCAGCUCAGCACGAUCUUGGCCGAAGAGAAAGUCCAGCAGGAGGAACGCAGUCGCAUGGAAAUGAGACGGCAGGUCACCGUGUCGUGGGACUCUGGAGGCUCCGACGAAGCUCCCCCCAAACCCAGUCGACCAGGUUACCCUAGCCCGCGCUCCAGUGAAGGAUUCUACCCCAGCCCACAGCACAUAGGCCAGCACAAUCACUUUCAGGUGUCUGGAUACCCAGGCUCUCUUGGCGUGCCCUCUAUGACUGGUGGAGUGUACCCUCCUCAGGCUUGUGGGAUUGAUGCCCAUGACAGCUGGAACCACCACAGGCCUGCACAGGACCUAGCCAUGUGGUCAGUCAGUGGCGAGGACGGUGGGGCGCUGGACAUGCGAGGUAUGGGUCAGGGGUUACCCCCUCACCUGAUGGAGGAGCAGCUGAUGCUACAGCAGCAACAAAUGGAGGAGGACCAGCGUUGGCUGGAACAGGAAGAGCGUCUCCUGAAGCCAGACUCACGGAAUUCCAGAGGCAGCAUUGACAGGGAGGAUUGCAAUCUCCAAGGACCAACAGGAAACCAACACAUCUACCAGCCUGUAGGCAAAGCAGAACAUGCCGCCCCUCCAAAAAAGCCCCCUCGCCCCGGGGCACAGACUCACAUGAGCAGCGUGGCUGGACUCAACCCAGUGGACAGUUACAAUGAGGGAGUGAAGCCCUGGAGGAUCCAGCCACAGGAGAUUAGCCCGCCUCCAACGGCGAACUUGGACCGCUCCAACGAUAAGGUCUAUGAGAAUGUGACAGGGCUGGUCAAAGCUGUGAUCGAAAUGUCCAGUAAAAUUCAGCCUGCACCCCCCGAGGAAUACGUGCCAAUGGUGAAGGAGGUGGGAUUAGCCCUGAGGACAUUACUGGCUACAGUGGAUGAAACUAUACCAUUACUCCCUGCCAGUACUCACAGAGAGGUGGAGAUGGCACAGAAGCUUCUGAACUCGGACCUGGCGGAGUUGAUUAAUAAGAUGAAACUGGCACAGCAGUACGUCAUGACCAGUCUGCAGCAGGACUAUAAGAAACAGAUGCUGACGGCCGCGCACGCUCUGGCCGUGGACGCCAAGAACCUCCUGGACGUCAUAGACCAGGCUCGGCUCAAGAUGCUUGGCCAGGCCAGGCCGCACUAGCGCCGGGGGAGGGUGUGCAGGGCCAGGAGACGAGGAGGCUCUCGACACACACAGAAAAGGGGGGGGGGGGGGGCGCGCUGUCGGACUGAUAUAGAGCCAUAGCGCUGGGUGCAGUGGCCCCCACACACACCAGCAUGGACUUCACUUGG